UUCUCUGUUGCAGGUGACGAGUGAAGAAGUGGUUAUUGAAGAGAUCCCUUUAUUAGCAUUUCGAAUCCUUGGCUGCACAGUUGUCACGUUUUUAGUUGGUAUCACUAUCAUCAUCUAUGUUACUGCUGGAAUGUUUCAUGUAGAUUGUUUAGCUCAGAUCUGUUGCGAAUGCAGUAUUUUUAUAGCCUAUAUGCUCAUUCUUCUCACAACUACAGAGUCAUUCAGGAUUAAUUCUUCAAUGUGCCUGACCAUCUCCAUCUUCUUACACCUGUUUUUCGUGAGUGCCUCUCUAUUUCUCCUUUUGGAAGUGAUAUGCAUGUGCCAACUCCUCACCACUUAUUUUCCAAAGAUCAUCGAAGCCUCAGUCAAAAACGUCAUGCUUAUUGGUUGGUCAUUUCCAGUUGUAAUAACAGGAGUAACUGCCAUUGUAUGCCACAAUCAGUACACAACGAAAAAGAACUGCUGGCUCAACACAGAUGAGUCACCCUAUUGGCCUACCCUGAUACCCAUGAUGGUAUUUUCUUGUCUUCAAAUAGUUUUGAUACUAAUUAUAACAGUGUUCCCAUCCCAUGUGUCAUUGCCUGAAGAACUUUAUAAGAGAGCCAAGUACUUUCGUACACUGUCCUCUCUUUUCGUACUUCGAUUGUACUCGCUUUCAAAAUCAUCAGAAAGUCCUAGGGAGCCCCUAUCAAGUAAUAAAAGGAACACAAUCACAAAAUUAAGAGGCUAUUUGUAUACAGGUGUAAGAAAUUAA